AUGGAAGGGAGCAUUUCUGUAAACGAGCCGCAUCUCAAGAUGCGAAUCCGUCGCUGGAGACGCUACCAGCCAACGACAAACCGUGCCAAGAAAGAUGGAGGUGGUGAGACGGCACCAGAGCCAUCAUCUGGACAUCCAACCGCAUCUCUUACCAAAAGAGUUGAAGUUGAAUUCAUCAAUGCAACACAUCCCCGAGAUGCUACCUCAUCGGCCGCUGUUUCUAGCAUUCGAUCUCAUGCAGCUCGCGGCGUCCAUGCUUCGCGUCGGGUAUCGACCCUGCCGACAUGUAUGGAUUCGAAUGGAAGAGGAACGCGAGUGGAUACUGGCGAAGUCUCUCAACUGGCUUUUACCUGGCCCGCUAGUCUCGGGCUUGCGGGAUUCGAACCCUUAUUCCAAGGGAUAAGACCCAUCACAAAGCUUGAGCACUAUCUCUUGGACCACUAUGUAAAAUCUGUUAUCCCAGAAUCUCGGGAGUGGUGUGACCACCCUGAGGGAGACCUUGUGUUCUUCGAAAGCACGAGGCUGUAUUGGUUCCCCUUUAUCGUCUCGGAGACUGGCUUAUUAGCCGGCGUCAUGCUGUCUGCAUGCCGGAAUCUUGCACUACAUGGGCGCCGGGGGCCAUUUGAUUGUGAUUUCGCACAAGUGGCAACGAGGUAUAAAGUCGAGUGUAUCAGAUCCGUAAACGCGGCUAUUGCUGUGGAAAGAUAUUCUAUUAGCACUGCGUCCAUCGCGAAAGCGCUAAUGCUGUGCACCGACGAAGCCUUGUGUAGGAAUGUGACCGCUUCGAUACAGCAUUACGAAGGCAUGAGCCAAAUGAUACAGCUGAGGGGAGGUUUGCCAAACCUCGGCGUUGAUGGAUUCCUAGGCAAAGCUUUCAGAGGGUGCAAUGUGUACGAGUACUUUGGGAAACUUCAAUGA